UUUUUUAGACGACCUCCAUCAUUUGCCGAAAUAAAUUCCUAUAUAAGAGAUGUAAGAAGGAAGAAUAUUUAAACAAAAGUCCUUUUUUUAAAAAAAAAGGAAGAAUAUUUAAUACUGAAGAAUAAAACAAAAGAUCUAAUUAAAGAUCUGUUAAAAAAAAACAAAAAAAAAAACAAAAAAAUACCAAAAAAAAAACAAAAAAAAACACAAAAAAACACAAAAAAAACCAAAAAAAAAGACAAAAGAUGAACAACAUUAUCCUUUUUGUGUCAUGUCUUGCUCUUGCUUCUUCAGCUCUAGCAGCUGAUGAGACAGAGACUGAGUUUCAUUACGUAACAGGCGCAUACGCUGAUCCCUCUAAAUGGAGCAGUGUCAAACAAGAAUGGAAAAUUUGUGGAGUGGGGAAGAGGCAGUCACCAGUCAAUCUUUCUCCAAAAGUAGCUCGACUAGUUCACAAUUCUACGGCGCUUAUUCAGACAUAUUACAAACCAGUAGAAGCCACUCUUAAGAACCGUGGAUACGACAUGGUGUCAUGGCAAGAAGACGCAGGGAAGCUCGUUAUCAAUAAUACCGACUACAAGUUGAUUCAAAGCCACUGGCACGCACCUUCAGAGCAUUUCCUCAAUGGAAAAAGGUUGGCCAUGGAACUUCACAUGGUACAUAAAAGUGCAGAUGGACACUUAGCAGUUAUUGGAGUUCUCUUAAGAGAAGGUGAACCGAAUCCUUUCAUUUCACGGAUAAAGGACAAGAUCAAUUCCAUAGCUGACAUCCUACAAGGAGAGGCAAGCAUAGGAAAGAUAGAUCCAAGAGAGUUCGGAUGGGAUCUUACAAAAUUCUAUGAAUAUAGAGGAUCGCUCACCACUCCUCCUUGCACGGAAGAUGUCAUCUGGACCAUCGUCAACAAGGUGGGGACUGUUUCACGUCAACAAAUUGAUAUAUUAGUCGAUGCUCGUCGCGCUGGUUAUGAGACAAAUGCAAGACCGGCUCAACCGCUGUACAAACGUAUGGUUUAUCUAAAUGACCAGUCCACCAUAUCAGCUAGCGCACUAAGUUAGUCUAACAGGCCAAGACAACUCCGAGAGUCUUGAUUUCCAAACAAGGAAUUUCAGAACGUGAAGUUGAGCUCCGUUACUAAUUUUAUUUUACAAUAUAUAAAUAUACUUUUGAUUAUCUAUGUAUAGUAUUAUUUUAUUUUCUUAUACUGUAUGUAUUACAAAAAAGAGAUGUAAUACUCAACCAUAUAUAAUAUGAGUUGUUUGAUUCU